CGGCCCCUGCCCCGGCUGCGCGGGCCCCCGCCGGGCCCAUGGGCUGCGCGGCCGAGCGGGCGCUCUGAGCGCGGCGCGGGUCCCCGGGGCGGCCCGGAGGCGAGCGUGAACGAGGUCUGGCGCCAUGCCCAGGCACUCGGAGCCCUAGGCCACACCCGGGCAGUGGGAGCGGCCCCUGCUCACUCCCGGGCUCACCCCCUCCCCACUGCCCACUGCCACGCCAUGGCCGGGGACCGGCUCCCUCGGAAGGUGAUGGAUGCCAAGAAGCUGGCCAGCCUGCUGCGGGGUGGGCCCGGGGGCCCACUGGUCAUUGACAGCCGCUCCUUCGUGGAGUACAACAGCUGGCACGUGCUCAGCUCCGUCAACAUCUGCUGCUCCAAGCUGGUGAAGCGGCGACUGCAGCAGGGCAAGGUGACCAUCGCGGAGCUGAUCCAGCCCACCUGUCGCAGCCAGGUGGAGGCCACGGAGCCGCAGGACGUGGUGGUCUAUGACCAGAGCACAAGGGACGCCAGCGUGCUGGCCGCAGACAGCUUCCUCUCCAUCCUGCUCAGCAAGCUGGACGGCUGCUUCGACAGCGUGGCCAUCCUCACAGGGGGCUUUGCCACCUUCUCCUCCUGCUUCCCCGGCCUCUGUGAGGGCAAGCCUGCCGCCCUGCUGCCCAUGAGCCUCUCCCAGCCCUGCCUGCCCGUGCCCAGCGUGGGCCUGACCCGCAUCCUGCCUCACCUCUACCUGGGCUCCCAGAAGGAUGUCCUGAACAAGGACCUGAUGACCCAAAACGGAAUAAGCUACGUCCUCAACGCCAGCAGCUCCUGCCCCAAGCCUGACUUCAUCUGUGAGAGCCGCUUCCUGCGCAUUCCCAUCAAUGACAACUACUGUGAAAAGCUGCUGCCCUGGCUGGACAAGUCCAUCGAGUUCAUCGAUAAAGCCAAGCUGUCCAGCUGCCAGGUCAUCGUCCACUGUCUGGCCGGCAUCUCCCGCUCCGCUACCAUCGCCAUCGCUUACAUCAUGAAGACCAUGGGCAUGUCCUCCGACGACGCCUACAGGUUCGUGAAGGACCGUCGGCCGUCCAUUUCGCCCAACUUCAAUUUCCUGGGCCAGCUGCUGGAGUACGAACGCAGCCUGAAGCUGCUGGCCGCCCUGCAGGGCGACGGGGCAUCCCACCCUGGGACCCCAGAGCCCCUCCCGGGCCCUGCCGCCCCACUGCCGCCGCUGCCACCACCUACCUCAGAGAGUGCUGCCACCGGGAGCGCAGCGGCCAUCACCACCAGGGAGGGCGCACAGGUGGGGGGUGGGGAGACCCCCACCCCCGCCCCGGCCCCGGCCACCAGCGCGCUACAGCAGGGCCUGCGUGGCCUGCACCUCUCCUCUGACCGCCUCCAGGACACCAACCGCCUCAAGCGCUCCUUCUCGCUGGACAUCAAGUCGGCCUACGCGCCGAGCCGGCAGCCCGAAGACCCCGGGCCCCCCGACCCCGGGGAGGCCUCCAAACUCUGCAAACUGGACAGCCCAUCGGGGGGCGUGCUGAGCCUGCCCUCCCCCAGCCCCGACAGCCCGGACGCGCCGCCUGAGCCACGCCCCAGGCUCCGCCGGCGGCCCCGGCCCCUGGCCGGCUCCCCGGCGCCCGGCCUCGGCCUGAACUUCGGUGACGCCGCCCGGCAGACUCCGCGGCUCGGCCUCUCGGCCCUGUCGGCGCCCGGGCUGCCCGGCCCUAGCCAGCCGGCCGGCCCUGGCGGCUGGGCGCCACCGCUCGACUCCCCGGGCACACCGUCCCCCGACGGGCCCUGGUGCUGCAGCCCCGAGGGCGCGCAGGGCGCGGGCGGUGCGCGGUUCGCCCCCUUCGGCCGGGCCAGCGGGCCGGGCGCGGGAGGCGGCGACCUGCGGCGGCGGGAGACGGCGAGGCCCGAGGCCCGGGACGCGAGGACCGGCUGGCCCGACGAGCCGGCCCCGGAGACACAGUUCAAGCGCCGCAGCUGCCAGAUGGAGUUUGAGGAGGCCAUGGUGGAGGGGCGCGCGCGCGGCGAGGAACGGGCCGCCCUGGGCAAGCAGGCCAGCUUCUCGGGCAGUGCGGAGGUCAUCGAGGUGUCCUGACCGCGGCCGGGAGCGGCCCCUCCGCGGGGACCCGGCGCCCCCAGCCCUUCCGCUGCCCUCCCUCGGCUGGGCCCGCUAUAAAUACGUAUUAUAUAUAAUGCAAUGAAAGGUAAAUGGUUUUACUGCGAUUUUUAUCGAGAAGUAAAUAUUUCCAUUUUUUAUUUAUUUAAGCUGUUCAUUCUGGCAAUGACUUGGCAACAGUGCGGGCGGUCCUCGGAGCUCUAUUUUUACUGUCUGGUAUUUAAACUGAAGCCCACGUUUCUAAGCAAUAUGAGGCCACCUUCAGUUGCAAGCUGGGGUGCCAGGCCUGGGGUUCCCCCCUCCCCCUCCCCCAGGAAACACUGCUGACCGUUGCAAAGAGGCUGCUGAGCUUUCGUGCACUUUUUACAUAAGGGGAAAAAAAGAUGAAAAAAACCUUUGCCACAAACUGAGCCGCAGAACCUCCCUGCCCCUCCCCCGCCCCACGACCUCCUCUCCUCCCUCUUCCUUCUCUGCUCCUUUCUGGGCACUUCACCAAAGCCAUAGGUGGGAGGAGGUGUCCCGGGAGCGGAGGAGGCACCGCCAGCCCCCCGGCCACCUCCAGGCGCCAGGUCUCGGUGCCCUAGAGGGCACCCCCACCGCCCAUGCCCCCGGGCCCGUUGCCUGGCAGGUGUUGGGGGCCCAGGGUGUUCAGAGGACUGGGGUCUGGAAGAGGGGAAGAGCGCGGUGAAGGGGGCUCCCGAGUGUCAGAUGACAUGGGUCCACAGGGCAGGGAUGCAGGUGGAAUGCCCCCACCCCUGCCCGAGGGGAGGCUGCUGCCCUCUCCUCCGCUUUGGGGGUGCCCCCUAGCGCCAGCUGCCAGUGGGAGAGCCAGCAGGAGGGGGAGCUUGGCCCCUGGGGGGUGGCAGGCUGGAGGAGCUGGGCCGCCAGUGCUGGCUCGGCUGGUCAGAGGGGGCAGAUAGAUUUAGGGGCUUGUUCUGCAGGUGGAGGUCCCUCCAGGAGGAGUGGCUGCCUUGCAGAGGGAGGGGGCAGUCAGCGCCUGGCAGACCCUUAUGCCUCCGGGGGUGGGGGCCUUAGCUUGGGAGGGCCGCCUCCACGUAAAUAUCCCUGAUGUGAGCAGAUGCAGGAGGUGUCCCCCACGUCUGCCCAACCUCCAUAGGGGCCUCGGAGGAGAGAGACCCCUGUACACCCCUCUCCUCUCCUCUGAAGCCUCCCCGGUAUCUUCAAGGUGACAUG